AUGAUGGCUUUCGUAAGGCUGCUAAGACGAUUCACAAUGAAACAUUUGUCCCCGUGGAAACUUUGGAAGUUUACCUUCAUUAUUUUUAUCUUCUUGAUAUUUUUGUUUCUGCUACAAAGAGAAGUUGGCAUUCAGGAUUUUAAUGAGGAGCCUGGGAGCCCAUCAAAAGAUGGAAAGAUUAAUAAUGUACUGGGUCUAGUAUUAAAAGCUGUGAACAAUAUUAAAGUUGCAAAGCCAAAAAUGCAGAUUAAAGCGCCUAUUAGGCAAACUCAAAAGGCAGGACAGAAGCGCUGUUUACCUGGCUCCUAUACAGCAGCAGAGCUGACACCUCACCUGGAUCGACCCCCUCAGGACUCUAAUGCUCCAGGGGCUUCUGGUAAACCAUUCAAAACGGUCAAUUUAAGUCCAGCUGAGAAGGAGGAAAAAGAACGAGGAGAUGAAAAACAUUGUUUCAACGCUUUCGCAAGCGACAGGAUUUCUUUACACCGGGAUCUUGGACCAGACACACGACCUCCUGAGUAUGUUGAAGUAUAUUUGGAUUACUGGUCUUUAAUUACAUAUGCAAAAUAUUGAAAAUGGGUUUUGAUUCCCCAUGUUCUGCAUUGAUAUGUACUUUGUCACCACUAUCAUUAGCAUAAUUUCUAGCUACUUAAUUUUGCAUCUGUAAGUAUGAAGCUGUGUAAGUAUGAGUACAGUAAUCUUCUAAUUAUGGAAGCAAAUAAUGCAUCUAAGAAAUUCAGUAGAUUGUGAUGUAAAUUUGUUUGGGCUUGGUGCCCUUUCGCCCAUUUCCUUUAAGAAAGGGGUUGGAAAUUAAAACUCACCAGUGGACCAGAUACUUACUCUGUGCAAAUUUGAUGAGGUCAGGACACACACACACACACCCGUCAUCACAGUGAUUUUAGAUGACAUGGCACUUUGAGAUCUCAAUAGCCAACGGUUUGUCAGGAUUUCAAAGCACAGCACAGGGCUCUUUGCAAGUACCUUUAAAAUGGCACUGUGUUUUGAAGCCCGGACAAUUGGUUGAUUGUGGCAACUUCAAAAUACUGCACAAGGCUAUUUGCUACAAGUUGCUGAAGUGCUGCCAAUCAUCUGAUCACUGUCACUUCAGAAGCCCCCUUUGUCCUAGCCCAGCUGCCUUUUUGCCUUCCCACAACAGAUGCAAUAUAUGUUGUGAGGUGAUUGGCAGAUGGGUGUGGCUUAGUCAGAAUGGCCUGCUUGGCCAAAUGGGCAGGUAUAGCAAGCCUAGUUAGGGUCUGAAGGUUCCCCACCCCUGUUUUAAGAUGUAUUGAUGAAAGGAUGCCCUUUUCUUUCAUCACAAGUGUCUAAUCCUUGAUAAAUUGUAAAUCCUGGACAUUUUAUGGUGGCAAUUAUUCUAAAUUGCCACAUGCCCCUUGUGAUGUAUUACAAAAACAUGUUACUGUAUUGUUAGGAUACUCUGGAAGCAAUUGCUCCACACAGAUCUUGUGCAUGGCUUUUUUAUAUUGGUGUGAGAAAGAAGUUCCACCAUACUUGCCAAGCUUUAUCUGUGCCACAUCAAAGUAUCAGACUUAUAAUCCAUUUUUCAUUCCAAAAACUGUUUUUGUCAUCUAGAUGUAUCGAGCAAAAGUUUAAACGCUGUCCUCCACUACCUACCACAAGUGUUAUCAUAGUUUUCCACAACGAAGCAUGGUCUACUCUUUUAAGAACAGUUCACAGUGUGAUGUAUACUUCCCCUGCAAUAUUACUGAAGGAAAUAAUUUUGGUGGAUGAUGCCAGUAUAGAUGGUAAGAACAUAUAAUGUUUGUGUGUGGUUUUUCACAUUUGAGUUUUUCAUGUUAUUUUGUGUUCCUGAGAAUAUGCACCUUUUAAAUAACAAAAAAUAUUUAUAUUUAUAAAGUAUAAAGAUCUCUCAAACUGAAAUGAUUUGUGCUUUCUCUUUGUCUCAGUUCAUGAUCCUUAAUGCUUAAUUACAUUAGGCAUGAUGUCUGAAUUGACUAUGGUUUGUGAACAGCCACCAAACUAGAUUUUGAAAACAGGACUUGACAUAGGUUUGCAAACCAUGGUUUGUGCUAACUGGCUUGAUGUGAUAUCUGAUUUAAUAAGAGCAAUAGCUGUAAUUAUGCUUUUGUCUCAAGAGGCUGCUGCGCUAUGGAGACAGCAGUGAAUUUACAGACUUGUGAAGCUGGUGAUGAGUGGGUGGAAAAUAAAGCAGAUGAGAAACUCUAAAUCAUACUUUGUUGUCUGUACAUUUGGAAGCUUAAACCAUGGUUUGGCAAAAUAUCCAACCUGAGCUUUUAUCUUAAUUAGUAGCUGUUGUUUUGGUGCACCAGCAGCCCCUUCUCUCACCACUCCUCCCCUUCCGUUAUCUGCCAAAGAAAGAAUGCCUGUAGUUCUGCUUCACAGCAAGUGAAGAAAGACUGGCUCAGACACUACUUUCUGCAUGUGGUGGAAGUGAGAGAAUGCCUUUUCUCCCACGUCUGCCUGAUGCAUUUGCCCCACUUCCUUUGCCACAGUUACUUUUGCAGGGCAUAAUAUUUCAAUGGAACGUAUGCACACAUGACCUAGACAAAUUAUUGUUGCCUGUAAGCAUUGGAUUGUACAUGCAUAUAGGACCCACUGGAAUGUUAGUCUCCUUUGUGAAUGGCAGAAGGAGGGCUCCUGCUCUCUACAAUCUGUGGCAAUGAGAGAAUGCAUUCUCUGAACAAGCCAAUUGACUUGCUAUCUUGCAGCAGUCUUAAAGGGAGAGUCUCUAGGUCAGGACCAGGCAACUUUUCCCUCUCCCCACCCCCCUUCAAAAUUAUGAAACACACCUUUAAAAAGGCUAAUUUAGUUAUGAAAAGAAUUCAGUAAUGCCCAACCUACUUCAUAAAUGUGGUAAGGGUAACUAAUGUUAUUUGACUCCCCUGCCAAACGAGUAAAACUUGUUCUCUUUCUGUCGGUAGAAUACUUUUCAGUAGAAUGUCUUUUCAAAAAAAAUUAUCAUAGAAGUGGAGAGUUGGAAGGGAUCCUGCAAAUCAUCUAGUCCACCCCCCUGCAAUGCAGAAUAUGCAGCUGUCCUGUAUGGGGAUGAAACCUGCAACCUUGGCAUUAAUCAGCACCACGCUCUAACCAACUGAGCUGUCAAGAAGAUAUGAUAACUUGGCAAAUUCAUCUUUGUACAGAACUAAAUUUUUUACUGCUUUGUACUAGAAAUUGCAUUUCCCCCAAAUUCUGGUUCCUGGUGUAUUUGGGGUCGUAUCUCCCUUCCCCCAUUCUUCAAUAAAAGCAGAUGCUCUUGUCCCUUCAAGCUGAAACUACAGUACAGGCAUUUCAGAAUAAAUGUAUUUUGACUUUCCUCUUACUGAGUGGCUAGUUAUGAAAAGUGAACUUAACGUUUGCCUUUUAUUAAAUUGGCAAAGACUGUCUUGUUGUCUUUUUAGAAUACUUGCAGGAUAAAUUGGAUGAUUAUGUGAAACAAUUCCAGAUAGUUAAAGUUGUACGACAAAAGGAAAGAAAGGGGCUCAUCACUGCUCGAUUAUUAGGUGCUUCAAUAGCAACUGGAGAAACCCUCACUUUUUUGGAUGCACACUGUAAGUAAUAGUGUUGGACUGUAAUAGUGUUUAGUUAGCUAACAAAUAUUAAAGAAUUUCCUUUUCAUAUUGAUUUUUUCCUUGUCCUGUUUUAACUGUUUUUCUAACAAAUAACACUAUAGAAGCAUUGCUGUUGAAAAUGCACAGCUUUUAAAAACAUGGAACUGAUUGCAGAAAAACUAUUUAUUUAAGCUAAGGACAGCUUUUACACAAAUGCACAUGAAUCUUGGGAGAAAGCCAAAGCUAGUCAAUUUUUAAAAUAUCUAAUUUGUGUUUCGGACUGAGGUUUGGGGUGGGAAAAAUCAAAGUUCAUUUUCAUUUCGUGCUAGCCAUAUUUUUCAUUUGAUGGUGUAUGUGAUAUUUCAUAGCAGGUAUCUGUAAGCUAACAAUAUUUCCAGCACACAUGUGGAUUUUUUAAAAUAACAGCAAUCCUAUGUAGGUCUACUCAAGUGGGACAUGGGUGGCACCGUGGUCUAAACCACCAAGCCUCUUGGGCUUGCUGAUUGCAAGGUCGGCAGUUUGAAUCUGCUCGAUGCUGCUCUGUCCCAGCUCCUGCCAACCUAGCAGUUUGAAAGCAUUCCGGUGAAAGUAGAUAAAUAGGUACCGUUGCGGCAGGAAAGUAAACAGCGUUUCCAUGCACUCUGGCUUUAGUCACGGUGUCCUGUUGUGCCAGAAGAGGUUUAAUAAUGCUGGCCACAUGACCCAGAAAGCUGUCUGCAAACAAACUCCUGCUCCCUUGGCCUGAAAGUGGAGAUGAGUGCCGCACCCCAUAGUCAAAUUUGACUGGACUUAACCAUCCAGGGGUCUUUUACCUUUACCUUACUCAGAAGUAAGUAAAUUCAGUGGGACUUACUUCCAAAUAAAUGUGCAUAGGAUCACAGCCUAAGUGAAAUUAAAAUGUUCCUGUAACUGCUUUUAUGAAAGUGGAUAAAUCCAGCAUUAUAAUCAUUAUUUUACCUCCUGUUUCCUCUCUCAGGUGAAUGUUUCUAUGGCUGGCUAGAGCCAUUGUUGGCCAGAAUAGCUGAAAACAAUACUCGUGUUGUAAGCCCUGAUAUUUCAUCUAUAGAUCUAAAUACAUUUGAAUUCAUGAAACCUUCCCCUUAUGGUCAAAACCAUAAUAGAGGGAAUUUUGACUGGAGUUUGUCGUUUGGAUGGGAAUCUCUUCCUGAACAUGAAGGCAAGAGAAGGAAAGAUGAAACAUACCCUAUUAAGUAAGCAAUGAAACAUUUUUUUUCCAUUUACAAAAUCUUUACUUGAAAAUAUUGUUCCAAAGAAUAAUUCACAUGUAACUUUUUUCAUUUUGGUUAAAAGAGAAAAAGAAUUGCAGAAGGAUCAGAGAAGCUCUGUCUUCUAUAUCUUGUAUUCUUUUCACAUGGUACUUCAGGUUUUAAACAUUUUUUUCAAAGAACUCUUGAAAUUUUAAGUUUUAGUAGGACCUGAACCACCUCAAAUAAGCUCUAUCAGUAGAAGAGUUGUAUGUAUAGAAAAAGCCAUCAGUUGAAUUUUAAAUACUGAGAGUGCUAUGGAUGCUAAUGUUGCUUUUUUGGCUGAGGUUUGCUAUAACAAAAGCCCGAGUGAUGGCAUCCCUGGCUUUGAAGGUAGGAUGAUGGGAAUGCAAUGCAGUUGUUGGAGGCAGAAAGAGACUGUAAGAGAAAAGUUGGCAUCCCUAAUUAAACCUGCUUGUUGCUUUGGUGUAGAAUUUCUGCACCAUUACAGAAUGCAAUUUACAUAUAGCUCCUUGAUUCAUUGAAAUUUACCUUCGAAAUGGAGGUGGGGCAUAUAAUGACUGAUUAAAACUAGGGCACAUUUCCUUUCUCCCCCUUUCAGUUGAGUUGAGCAAUCCCUCCCCCUGCCCCAAAUCGCACUGUUUCAUUGUAGUAAUACAACUACUGCACAAGUCAUAUUUCAGAAGCAAUUUCUUCCCAGGACAGUUGUUGACUAUUUUAUUGCUCUGGCUUUGAAAUGGAUGCUGAUGUGCAUAUAACUCAUGGUAGUAGCUUCUCUACAAAGCCCAAAUAGUAGCCAAACAUUUUCACUAAUGCGUUUCCUUCUGCUGUUGGCUGUUUGCUUUUGCUGGUGGUUCAUAAAGUGUUGAUUGCCCAUUUAUCAGGCUUUCCUGAAGAGGGAUGGGCUUUGGGAUCUUAAAAAGAAAAAUAACAGGUUUUCCCCAGAUUGGGAAAUUGUUAGCUUCAUGAAAGAUUAUCCCCCCCCCCUUUAUCUUUUUUGCAGAACACCCACUUUUGCAGGAGGCCUCUUUUCAAUAUCAAAGGACUACUUUUACAAAGUUGGAAGCUAUGAUGAAGAAAUGGAAAUAUGGGGAGGAGAAAAUAUAGAAAUGUCUUUCCGAGUAAGUUUAGAGACACAAUAUUCACAUGAAGAUGCAGUGACAAACCUCAGUUGCAUUUCAGUUGCUCCCUAUAGAAGUAGGAGACCAGAUGAGCUUGGUCUUAGGCUAAUGAUAACCUGGAGGGAGAAAAUACUGUAUUAUUUAGGGGUGGACCUGUCCAUUUCAGUCCUCAGUUUUCCAGCCUUAAAUUUGUUUUCUCAACAUUUUGGAACAAUUUGUGAUUUAUUUAUUUUUUAAUAUUCUCAUGAAAACGGACUGUAACAGGGCGUGGCAUACAUAUACACACUCUGCUGAUGCCCACAGGGGCCAAGAAUGGAACCACCACAUGAAAUGAUGUCCACCUGUACUUAUUUAUUCCCUGGCGCCACACAUAUGCACAGUCGUGAGCAAGUUGAUUGCGUGUAAGUGGGGGGACGGGACGCCUGUAAAUGUGAAUUUUGAAUAAUGCUUGUGUUUCAGUUUGCAUGUUGUUUUGGAAAAUGGAAAAUGAGUAGAUUCAUAUUUAAAUGUGGGCUGAAUUGGAUCUCUCCCCAUCCCUAGUAGUGUGGUGUCAGGUGCGUGGUUGCUGCAUCAGUAUUGCAAUAAUAUCUUACUACCCUGUAGGUAGACAGGGUUUGAUUUCAGAAAGCAUUUUUAUACAAAUGCUUCUAGAGCAAUAUUACCUGCUAUCUGGUAUUCUGUUAAAGGCUGAUAAGUGAAACUGUUAUUUUUUCAGGUGUGGCAAUGUGGGGGUCAGCUGGAAAUCAUACCUUGCUCAGUUGUGGGCCAUGUUUUUCGCAGCAAGAGCCCCCAUACCUUUCCAAAAGGGACUCAAGUGAUCACCCGUAAUCAAGUUCGUCUUGCAGAAGUCUGGAUGGAUGAAUAUAAGUAUAUAUUUUACCGGAGAAACACAGAAGCAACAAAAAUAGUUAAACAAGUAGGUGACGAUGGUGGUGGUAUUAGAAAUCAGUUGCUGCACUGAAGUUCUUGGUGAGCAAAAAUUAUUUAUUGUGAAAAUAUAUAAACGUAGUAGGCACUCUUUAUUCAGUUUGCUCUGCUUGGCAAUAUAUUGAAUAGAUUCAGUAGUGCCCAUUACCUCUUCAUUUAAUCCUUUAUACAAUACCUCCCUGGAGCUCUUUGAACUAGAGUAGUGCCGUUAAUUGCAUCCACCAACUUCUAGGAGGAAUGAGGGGGAUCUUUCUCAAUAAUUCUCUUUAACAUUCAGUUGAUUAAUAUAUGUGAAGUCUAAAAGAAUGACUAAAAAGAAUCUUGAUUUUACUAAAGCAGUAUUAGCCAACUAAGAUAAAUAUUAGAAGGCUAGUACCAGGCAGUAUCUGUAAGAUUCAGUGGUGGCAAACAGCUUGGAUGACUUUAAAAAACAAAUGCACAGAGUAUAAGGCUGUGUUCUACCUCUCCUGUCAAUGGCAGUAUCCAUCUGAAUGCCAGAGUCACAAAUGGGUUGAGUGCUAUUGCACUCAGAUUUUGCUUAUGUGCUUCACAUAGGCAUCUAAUUGGCUGCUGAACCCAGACAGGACUUUGACUUGGUUCAGUAGGCUUUUCUUAUGUCAUGUUAAAUGUAAAUACGGAAUUAACAACAUUUGAUAACCUCAAAGACCCCAAGUUGGCCAGUUGUUUAGGGAGAAAAUUAAAGUUAGUGAUUUAAAAAAUGGAUGGCAAAGGAUAAUGUAGAUUUGCAUCUCAAGUGUGCUUGUGUGUAUUCCUGGCUCUAUAAGUUUAUGUCAAUUAUUUACUUACUGACAUAAGAGAGAGAGAGAAGGAAUCAUUGGGUGAUUAUUCAGGUUGUUGCCACCAUUAUUGGGUAAGUGGUGUUCCUUGCUCCAAUUCUGAUUCUUUGGGGAUACAUGGAAAAGUAUAAUUUGAUCAGAACAUAUAAUGAUUAUAGGGAAUGUGUUGAGGGCUGCAAGAAGUUGAGUGGCUUCUAAAUGGACCUCCAACCUCUAUUUUCAUUAUUUAAAGAUUAUUUAAAGCUUGUUUACCUGAAUUAAUUUACAAAUUCCCUCCGUGUUUACUUUCAGUAAAAAGUAUUAUUUGUGAUUUGUUUUUGUUAUAACACUGUUUAGUAUUGUUUCAACAGAAAACGUUUGGUGACCUCUCAAAAAGAUACGAGUUAAGGCAACAAUUACAGUGUAAAAACUUUACGUGGUACCUUAGCAAUGUUUAUCCUGAGGCAUAUGUACCAGACUUGAAUCCUCCAUUAUAUGGAUUUGUGAGUAUGCUUUUCUUUUUACAAGAAGAAAUAAAGCAAAUGUGUAGAGGAUUUAACUAUGCUAUUCUGUACUUACAUUUCCAUUUUUUUACAUUCCUUAGUUAAAAAAUGUUGGGAGAAGAACAUGCCUGGAUGCUGGAGAAAAUAAUAAUGGUGGCAAGCCAUUGAUUAUGUAUACAUGUCACGGGCUUGGAGGAAACCAGGUAAAAUGUUGCAUUCAGUUUUUAUGUAACUGUGCAGAUAAGCACAGCAAUGUGUUUUCAGAGCAUGUUUUAAAUUUAUCAGGUCUCAUGCCUAGAAUAUCUACAUGAAACCACUAGGUGGGGUUAUCUGGAGGUUUGGAGUAAGUUGUCAGCAGUAUGCUGGUGACACUUAGCUCUAGUUCUCCUUUACAUCUGCAGGUGAGGCAGUGGAAGUAAUGGACUGGAUGAGAGCCAACAAACUGAAACUCAAUCCAGAUAAGAGUGAGGCCCUGUUAGUGAGUGGUUGCCUAGACCGGAUGGGUAGGAGAUUGCUCUUGAUGGGGUUACACUUCCUCUGAAGGAGCAGGUUCGUAGCUUGGAGGUACUCCUGGAUCCUUUGCUGUUGCUCGAGGCUCAGGUGGCCUCAGUGGCCCGGAAUGCCUUCCAUCAGCUUUGGCUGGUGGCCCAGCUACGCCCCUACCUGGACAGGGAUAGCCUAACUACUGUUGUCUAUGCUCUGGUAACCUCAAGGUUAGAUUACUGCAUUGUGUUAUAAAGAGCAAGGAGCUCUCCAAGGGCAGCACCAAAUUUGGAGCCUUCCCUAUGGUUAGAAGUUACUGUGUAAUCACUGUCUUAUUUGGGAAGCCUGAUGUUCUUUAUGUUCCUGUUUGAGUGUGUAUCUUGUAAGCAUGUCUCUCAUUUAAGGUAUUCAGCAUAAAAAGAGGGCAUUGUGUUAGGGAGAGUAGACUACCAUUGGCAUAGAUGCAGUGGAACCCAAAGUGAAGACCAACUCUCAAUUUGAGUCUCCUUCCUCUGCAGAGUCCACAUCUUUUAUAACCUCACACUAAUAACUUGGAUGACUUCCAUAAUGCUAUAUACUGCCUUGGUUACACUAGUUCCCUGACUGUCUCUGCCAUGCACUCUUCAUCUCUCUUUCAGCGUUUUGUCUGCUUCUGAUCUAUUCUGCGGGAACACUCUUCAUUUCUGCAUUGUAAACUUAAUAAUCUUUACUCUUUCCCUCCCUCUUUCUUCUGCUGCUUUUUCCUUUGUCUUUAGAACUUUUGCUGUCAAGGAGGAAACCAGUGGGUGACUAAGCAACCAGGCCUGUGUCAUCUGUCCUGUCAUACUUACAGCCUCAUGCUGGGAGGUUAGAGUGGUCUUCCCUAUGCUAAAACCACCUACCAUUUUGAGCCUAUGUACAUUCCUAGAUGGCUGAACGUCUAACAAACACUUCUCGGUACACAACUUGUGGAGCAGAGAUGGUUCAGAACAUAUUGCACCCCUGAAAUGUAGCACCUCUGGAAAUGUAACUAGGCGUUGCAAAUCAUAGUUCAUUUCAUUCAAUAAAAAAACCCACUCCAUUUUUAAGUAAAUUACCCUAUCGUAAAAAAUACUGUAGUGGCAAAUAGGAAAGCUACAUAUUCAACACUGAAACUAUCAAUUGUCCAUCAAAAGAUAUGGACAAUAAUUCCAUUGUUUGAUUCCUUAGUGGUUACCUAGUAACUUGCUGAUCUCAAUGGUCUCUUCUAUUAAAUAGUAUUUGUUUUUGAAUUUCAUACUAUUAGUUUGAUACAGGAAGAGAAGAACAAUCUGGUAACUUAUAUUCAUUUAAUAGCAUAUAUAUUUAUCCCACCAAUCCUCCCAAAGGAGGUCCAGGGCAUAUUGCAAGUGUCAUUAUGGCCUGGUCUACAUCAGCGUUGGCAAGGGUGCCAUGCCAGUGGAAGACAUUUCACUUAUACUGUUAAGGCAGUGCUGGCACACUAUGGCUGGACAGCUGCUUCUAUCCCUUGCAAUUGAUAGAUGCCUUGGAUAUGAUCUUGCCAAAGUUAAGCACUGAAAUCAGUGUGGCUUUAAAAGUGCUUAACUUUGAGUGGAUACUACCUUUCAAUUGCAAGAGUUCUAGGAUCCUUAGACAUUGCACAGACUUUUCAUACUAAUUCUGGGUUAGAUCCAGAAUGUCUCUUUCAUGAAUGGAAAGGCUACUCUGUUCAUAGAAUGGACCAGAGUCAAGCAGAAGCUGCUCCUCUAGAAUAAGGGAGGGGAAGGCAGUUUUCACCAAUUCUCCCUGCGGGCCCCAGUGCAACUUCCUACAUUGUUCCAGAGAGCCUCCUACCUUCACAAGCAGCUCUGGGAUCUGCUCUGUACAAAUUGGUUUCUUUGGGAAUCUGCCACAUAGCUAUCUCUCCUGCCUUGUCUCUGAGUGGGAGACAGAAGGGAAACUAAAAUCUUUCCUUUUUCACCCUACUAUUUUUAGUGACCUGCCCUUGUCAUGGUUUAGGCAUUGUGUAUAAAGCACUCCACCUGCAAAGCAUCAAGUUUUUCUGUAAGCAUUAAUCUGGAGUUCAAAGGGACGCCAUGAAUUUGUAUGGUUGAGUUUUGGGUGAUACUUCCCUGACUGAAUUGUUUCUUUAUAUAGUACUUUGAAUAUUCUGCACAUCAUGAAAUUAGGCACAACAUCCAGAAAGAGCUGUGCCUGCAUGCUUUAUCAGGAGAAGCACAACUUCAUGACUGUGGCUACAAAGGGAAGAACAGCAGAACCCCCCCAGAAGAGAAAUGGGAGAUCCGAGAGGUAUUCUCAAAUCAAUUCAGCCAAGCAAAAAGAGAACAUAUAGCUUUUAUAGUUUGGAGCUGCUAGAUAAUUAAAUGUGGAGGAGGAGUUUUACAUUUACAUGUACUGCUCCCAUACGAUAGGGCAGCUACAGGAGCAAGUUCUUCUUAGAGAUAUUUAUUGUUGCAUAUAAGCUCCUCUGUGCAAGUGCCUGUCCCCCAGUGUGAAACUUGGCACAUACUUAGAAUGAUUCUUUUCUUCAGAACAUGUGUGAGGUUUUCCAGCUCCUUGCUGGUAGCUGAAAAGUUGUUGAGAUGUGCAGAAAAAGCUGUAGUUCUGAGCCCUAUGUAAAAACUUUCUAGAUCUCAUUUUCCCUUCUCCCGGUACCUCUCAAGAACAGCUCUUUACAGCCAUGUUUUUAGAUACCAUUGUAUAACAGUGAACCCAUUAUGAUAAAGGGAAGCAUUAAAAAAAAAAAAAUCCAAUAUUGCUACCUUCAAUCCACUGUAAGCCUCUAGAAUAUAGCAGGCUCUAAAUUUAAAGAUGUAAAUAUAGCUGCAGCUUUCAGCACUGGGGAAUUUGUUGCAGAAUCAUCAGUCUUUGUCAGCAUUGAUAGAAUUUUGUCUCUCCAAGUAUGCAUGAUGUCUACAAAAUCUUGGCUGGGUUAAUGGGCAGAACCAGAGAGACGGUGUGAUAUAGUACAAUCACCUGUCGUACUUGGAUUGGGCAGAGCCAGUUUCAAAUCCCCACUCAGCCCCAAAGUUUAUUGAGUGACUCCGCAUAAGCCACUGUAUGGCCAAUCUACUUCACGGCAUUGUUUUAAGGUUAGAGUGGGUAGUCCUGGCAUGCCCCCCUAAUCUCCUUGGAGAAAAAGUAAUAUAAAAAUGUGUCUUCUCUCUCUCCACUUUUCUAGGACCAGUCGUUGUACAACGCAGCCUUAAAGAUGUGCCUGACAGGAAAUAAAGAGCAUCCAAGCUUGGUGACGUGUAACCCCUCAGACGUCUUCCAAAAAUGGAUUUUUAGCCGAAACAAUUAA